AUGGCGGCCUUGGCUCUGGUCUUUGGCCCGGGACCCAUCCGUAUCGUGCCAGCAGGCGUUGCCAACGUUCAGAGGCUACCCGGGAGCGAUUAUGGCAUUCUUGGACUGGAUGAAGACGCCCCCCUUUCGACGAGAUUGCCCUACGAGAUUAUGCAACAGAUCUAUCUUUACCUUGAUCCAGAAGACUUCAACGCCGCUCGCUUUACAUCCCGCUCUUGGUUCCGUGCUGGCCUCUGCCCCCCGCUUCUCGUCGAGAUGCUCAAGAGAGAAGGAUGGUGGAACAGCCUGCAACAGAUUUCGGAACCCCUGAGGAUAACACGACCACGCAACAUAUUAGAUCACGAGAGAUUAAUGAGCAAAUGGAUCUCAAGGGAGUGUGAUCUGGCCAGCAUGAAAGGGAGCGCGUUCAAACAGGUUGGGUUUACCGACUUCAGUGGCCUUGUUCCAGGUUCCACCACUGCCAGAUUGCAUGGGACCCUCGUCUUCACCAUGAGCCUCUGCGGCCGGUUUCUGAUGGUGACGCACGGACGAACUCUAUAUGUCUACGAGCUGAACCAUGUCUGCUUCAGCAGGCGACUGAGCUGGUCUCUUCCGUUACGGCCGAGAGAGGGCAGACGUCUUGGCAUGCUUCGACCGGCAGCGACAGUCGUGUGUCCACGGCGUGUCAUAUCUUGCAGUAUGGACACAUCAUCAGGACGAAAUGCCGUGGCAGUUUUGAUGGAGGGACGCAUGGGCAUAGUAUGCGAUAUCAUGGCCGAGACAAAUGCAGCUUUGACUCAGACACGGUUGAGGCGUUCAGAGGAUGACUCUUUUGGGAACACGCCCAAUCUGUUCAGCCGCAUGCCAGCUGCAUGCGUCUGCCGGGACACCCCCGUGACGCAGGCGCCGCGUCUGGAAGAAGGUCCGCGAUCGGUAUACAGAAGCAUCUGUCAUGCCAACGACCCGCCACGCUCGGUCGCCAUCUGCCCUCACCGCAGCUGCGUGGCCUUUGGCUGCACAGGCGGUAUUGAGCUUCACUAG